AUGACUAAUGGACAACCAAACCAUCGUAAUCAUGCUUCUAGCUCGAGCGGAUCUACUAAAGCUGAAAAACGAAAAGAGUAUCACAAAAGAUACUAUGCUGCACGCAAAGAAAAUAACAAAGUAUCUAAAUUUGGGAGUGGUGAUGCCUCCCAAAGUGCUUCAUCAAUAUCUUUAAUGAGUAAUAGGUCAACAGAAAGGACACCGUUAAGAAGUUUACAAACUAAUAUUACUCAAUUUACACAAACAACAAAUGAGAACGCCUCAAGUGUUUCUACUAUAAAACGCAAGGAGUACAAUAAAGGAUAUUCUAAUACACGAAACGAUAAUGGAAUGCGUAUUUCAACUGGCAGUCAAGUCAACCAAACCCCGAUAGAUGAUGUUACGCCGACAACCACAUUCCCAUCUGUAAUUGACGUAGUCAGGCAUAGAACAUCACGAGGUAUUCGAAUUCAUCCGCGUACUUUAUUACCCCAAUUUGCUGAAGUAGUUUAUCAACCUUCCUUCCAAGAUGGGAGCGUGCAAGAUGAUCCUUAUAAUUUUGUUUACAAUGGUGUACCUGGAGAGCAUCGUGUUUUAAAGGAACGAGGUGCAUGUCCUAAUUGUGGAGCAAAACGAUUUCAGUAUGAAUUUGAUACCUUUUGUUGUAUGAGUGGGAAAACUGUGUUAGCAAACUUAGAAAUUCCAGAGGAAUUGUACCGACUUUUCACGUCUCAAGAUGAAAUUGGAGAUAUGUUUAGGCAAAACAUCCAUGCUUAUAACACCAAUUUUUCUUUUGCCUCAAUGGGUGUGACAUUGGAUGAUACAUUGAACAAUAUGAGAGACGGCGUAUAUACUUUUCGUGCACAUAAAGGAAUAUAUCACAGAAUCGACCAAUUAGUUCCGAGGGAUGGGACCCCUAGGUACUUGCAGUUGUAUUUUUACGAUCCUGAUACUGAGUUAGAUCACAGACUCCGAUGGCCAAAUCUUGAUCGGCGUAUUACCCAGAUUUUAACACGCGUUCUUUCUACAAACCCAUAUGUCGAUACAUUUAGAAGACUUGCGGAACUAGGACCUCUGGACAACUAUAGAGUCACUUUGAAUACUUCGGUUGAACUUGACCAAAGGGUGUACAACCGACCAACGACAUCGGAGGUUGCUGGUAUUUGGGUUGAAGGUAAUGACAAUAUCACUUCGUAUAAACAACCGUACUUCAGCUGUUACGAUCCAUUGUCGUAUCCUCUAUUUUUUCCUAAUGGUGAGUCGGGUUGGCAUGCUAACAUACCACGUCACGGAGUAUCAAUCAAUGAGGUUCGCAACAAUGACAACAUCGAAGGAGAAAUGGAAGAGGCAAACACACGAAGUGGUAGAACAACCGUGGCUAUGCGAGAGUACUACUGUUACAAGUUCCAGAUUCGAUCUACCGAUAAUUUGCUUUUGUUCGGUGGUAGACUGCUACAGCAGUUUGUGGUUGAUGUUUACAUCAAAAUUGAGACGUCACGCUUAGAAUUUUGUGAGAGAAACCAGGCUAAGAUUCGGGCCGAAUUGUACCAAGGUAUUGUGGAUUGCGUCAAUACUGGUGAGGUUCAUGCAAACAGAGUCGGGAAAAGAAUUGUGUUGCCUGCAUCUUUCAUCGGGGGGCCUCGCGACAUGCGACGUCGGUUUCUAGACGCGAUGACGUUAGUUCAAGAUGACGGCAAGCCUGAUGUAUUCCUUACAAUGACAUGCAAUCCUAAGUGGCCUGAGAUAUGUGAUAACUUACAUGUUGGUCAAACUGCUACAGAUCGUCCAGACCUUGUUUCAAGAGUGUUCCGGGCUAAAUUAGAAGAUCUUAAGGAUCAACUCUUCAAGAAACAUGUCCUCGGGGAAGUUAAGGCAUACGUCUAUGUCAUUGAAUUUCAAAAGCGGGGUUUGCCGCAUGCACAUUUUCUCCUAAUCAUGUACCCGCAACACAAGAUCAAUAACGCGGACCAUUAUGAUAAGGUUGUGUGUGCUGAAAUUCCUAACAAACUAACACAUCCCAGAUUGCAUGAGAUGGUUGUCAAGCACAUGAUUCACGGUCCUUGCGGCAAUUUACGAUCAAGCAGUCCUUGUAUGCAGGGUGAUCCUAAAAUUUGUCGUUUUCACUAUCCUAGACAAUUUAACGAACAGACGACACAAGGAGAAGAUUCGUAUCCGUUGUAUCGAAGGAGAGACACCGGGAUAGAAGUGGACCUACGAGGACAAACACUUGAUAAUAGAUGGGUGGUCCCAUAUAACCCAAGGCUUUUGAUGAUGUUUAACUGCCACAUGAAUGUUGAAGUUUGCUCAAGUAUAAAAUCUGUGAAAUAUCUUUUCAAAUAUGUUUAUAAAGGACAUGACAAACAGGUUAUUCAAGUCGAUCAAAGUGAGCCAGGGGUUGUUAUUAAUGAGAUAAAAAGAUUUCAAGAUGCACGCUACAUAUCGCCCCCAGAAGCUAUGUGGCGCAUUUUUUCCUUCUCUCUUUCUCAAAUCUUUCCUGCUGUUCUAGCCUUACAACUUCAUCUCCCAAAUAAUCAGAUGGUUAGAUUUAGAGAUGAUGACUUGAUGCCUAAUAUUGUUGAUAGGGAAAGGGAUAAGAGAACCAUGCUAACAGCAUUUUUUGAGAUAAAUAGAAACGAUGAAACAGCAAGGGUACAUUUGUAUAAAGAUUUUCCAAAACACUUUACGUGGAAUGGAAGCACACGCCGUUGGAGUCGUCGUUUCGGUAAAAAACAAAGAGGUCGUAUCGUUUCCGCUAAUCCAGCCGAAGGAGAAAGGUACUACUUACGCCUACUUUUGUCAAAUGUCAGAGGGCCUACUUCAUUUGAACAUCUUUGCACAGUUAAUGGUCAACAGUGUGCGACAUUUCGGAAAGCAGCUCUUGAGUUAGGCUUAAUAGAAGACGAUGAAUAUCUAUCACAAUGUCUCGAAGAAGCCUCUACGUUUCAAUUUCCCAAUGCUCUUAGAAGGUUAUUUGCGACCAUAAUGAUUUUUUGCCAACCUGGAGAUAUUCGAAAGUUAUGGAAUGACCACUUUGAUUCACUGUCUGAAGAUCAUCGGUUACACUGUCAAAGUAUAGAACGAGUUCAAAAUAUGGUUCUUACCGAAAUUAGUGUCUUGGUACAAUCCAUGGGUAAAAAUUUCAAUGAGUUCGACCUUCCUAAGAUAACAGACGAUGUUAACUUACAAGAUGCAGGUUAUCGUGAGUUACAAGAAGAGUAUGGGAUUGUUUUGGAACCUGAACACUUGAGUGCCAAACAUUCACUUAAUCCGGACCAAAAAAACGUGUUUGAUGAGAUCAUGAUGCAUGUUGAUAAUGAUCUUCCAGGCGUGUUCUUUAUUGAUGGUCCAGGUGGAACUGGAAAAACAUUUUUGUACAUUGCCUUGCUUGCUGAAAUUCGGUCACGUGGUCUUAUUGCUCUCGCAACAGCUUCAUCAGGUGCAGCGGCUAAUAAUAUGCCAGGAGGUAGAACGGCUCACUCGAGAUUCAAGAUUCCUCUUAAUCUUGAAAAUAAUUCAAUGUGCAAUAUUAAAAAGCAGAGUGGGGCCGCUAAACUGAUUCGCUCUGCCAAAAUAAUCAUAUGGGAUGAAGCGUCGAUGGCUAAACGACAAGCGAUAGAGGCAGUCGAUCGUACAUUCCAAGACAUUAUAGGUGUUAGUCUCCCAUUUGGUGGAAAGAUAAUGGUUAUGGGAGGUGACUUCAGACAGGUGUUGCCGGUUAUUAAACGUGGCACUCGAGCACAGAUUGUAGACUCCAGCGUACGAAUGUCACCUCUUUGGUCUUUGAAUAAGAAGAUGCGGUUGACCAUAAAUAUGAGAGCGCUGAAAGAUCCAUGGUUUUCUAAAUUUCUUUUAAGAGUCGGCGAUGGAACUGAAGAACCAAUCGAAGGAAACUUUAUCCGCAUACCCGAUGACAUGACAAUUCAGUGCAACAACAGAGAAAACGCAAUAAAAGAAUUGAUCCAUGCCAUCUUUCCAUCAAUUGAAGAUAAUGUAUAUUCUUCGGAUUAUAUAAUCUCUAGAGCAAUAUUGUCCACUAAAAAUGAUAGUGUUGACGAGAUUAAUAAUCAAAUGAUUGAAAUUUUUCAAGGGGAGGAAAAAGUUUAUUACAGUUUUGAUGAAGCUGAAGACGAUCAGCGCAACUUCUAUCCGGUCGAGUUCUUAAAUUCGCUAAAUGUUAGUGGUUUGCCGCCUCAUAAGCUUCGUUUAAAAAUUGGAUGCCCAAUAAUAUUGUUACGUAAUAUCGAUCCAUCACAUGGCCUGUGUAAUGGCACGCGGUUGAUAUGUAAGGGUUUCAUGCGAAAUGUUAUUGAUGCGGAAAUUGCAGUCGGUCAACAUGCCGGAAAAAGAGUUUUUUUGCCAAGAAUCCCUCUAACCCUUUCUGAAGAUGACAUGUUCCCAUUCAAGCUGAAAAGAAAACAAUUUCCAAUUCGACUUAGCUUUUCCAUGACGAUUAAUAAAGCUCAAGGUCAAACAAUUCCGAACGUUGGUAUUUAUCUACCGGAUUCUGUAUUUUCACAUGGACAACUUUAUGUCGCGUUAUCAAGAGGGAUUUCAAGACAAAGUACGAAGGUGUUGGUACAUCUCGCCAAAGAAUUCAAACAACGCGGAGUUUACACAUCAAAUGUUGUCUACCAGGAAGUGUUGCGUGAUUAA